CUGCGAUCGUUUGACUACCCGUUGCAGGCUCGCGGCUGAUUUUCGCGCAAAGCGUUUGUUUACAAUUAUUAACGAGCCUAUGCGCUUUGUGACUAAUUGUACAGAAAAAGAAAUGUCGGACUUGAUAGAUUUUGAUAGUCCAAGCACGAGCAGUCCAGGUGCUCAGAUGUUAGCUUCGCCUCUGAUACCAUCACCGGAGGCUGGACCUCCAGUUUCCUCCGGACAACGUCGUAGUGUCGAGAACAACCCUUUCGACAUGGUGCUCAAAAAAAUUACCGAGUAUGAAAAGAAUAAGGAGGAUCCGUUUGAGAGGGUCAUCGAGAAAGCAAUGGGUCAUGUGUCGAUUGAGACUAAGGAUGAUUUUGUGCCAAGACGCAAAAGACAUUCGGAUAUUCUUAAAUUGAACAAGACGCUUGACGAGACAGAGAGCAAAAUGGACUUGUUUGUCGCGGGUGUCGAUGAUAGUAUAAUUACAAAUUUGAAUGAUACUAAUUUAAUUGCUGAUAAUAUUACUGGUGAGAAAUCUGCCAACGCAGCUUGGGGAUGUGAUAAUAAGAUUAUACCUGAAUUGAAUGUUUCUCCUGCUUCUUGCGAUGCUGACUUGUCUAUUUUAAAUCAGUCGGCUUUGAACGACUCACUUUUAGACGAUCAACUGACAAAAGAGCCUAGUAUACAUUUUUUUGUGCGUCCAAGAUCCAUGUCCCAGUGUAAUUUUCUUUCUCCAGAAAGAUUGACAUCCUCCAAAAGUAAUAGAAGAUCGAUGUCUGUUACUGAUGCUUCUAAAAGUAAUAUUUAUAACGUUAGUUCUAUUUUUAGUUCUCAGUCUAGUUGUUUUGAAGAUCCAUUUAACAAUGCUUUUAGAACUAACUUGAAAAGUAAUAUAAGUUCUAAUGCUAGUAGUUUCAAUAGUCAAUUUGACAUAAGUAAGCAAAAAAUAGAGAGACUGAACAGUGAUAGUUCUGUUUUUUCUGGAAUAUCAAAUAUAUCUUCUAUUACAAUAGAUUCCCUGAGUAAAAAAAGACAAAAUAGACUUUGUAGUGAAAAUUCUGUUUAUUCUAAUAUUUCAAACUUAUCAGCGAUUCCAAAUAAUACUAUGACAUCGUGUAAUUCAUCUGUUUUUGUAAAUGAUACAAUGAAUAAGGGUUUUAUUACUAGUAGGUCACAGUUGAAUUCAACAAGCUCUGUUUCUUCAUUUAAAUCUCCAUCAAAGGUAACAGAUAAAUCAGAUUUGAUUAAAAAGUUUUAUCGUAUUAAAUCAAGUAUGUCAUCAAGCCAUGAGGAACCAAAAAGUAAUAAUGCCAUAUUAACACAGGAAAAAGAUAAUUUUUUAUUAAAGUCUAAGACUUUACCAAUUGAUGAAAGUUUACACAAAAUUGAAGGAGAGCUUAUUGAUGUGGGUUACAAUUCAGCUACCAUUUCAGCUAAUGAGACUGGUAUCAAUGACAUUAUUCUCACUGAAGCUAGAACUCUUGCAGAAACUUUUGAAAAAAUGGCGUAUAGUAAAGAUUUUAAUACAAAUGAAGAUGAUCUACUAUUUUCAAAAUCACAACUGAAUUUCGAUGAUUUACCUCCUUCGGAUGAUGAAGCUGUUGAUAAUUUAAUUGAACUAUCUGGAGGAGAGACUGAAAUCAAAAAGUUAUCAGAAGUUAUUAUUACAGAGUCAAACACUAUGUCUCCAAAAGAUGAAGUGAAAGCUUUGGAAAAUGAAUUUAUUUUAUCAGAAGAUACUGACAAAAAAGCUGUAACAGCAACAUUACUGUUAGAUCUUGAAAAAUUAAUAAAAGAACAAAAUAAUCCUGAUGCUUUCAAAAUAUUGACUGAUUUGCAGAAGAUGCUUGGAGUUGAGUGUGACAAUAAUACCGAAAUUUUACAAGUGUGUUUGCAAAAUAUGUCACCUCAAGAUAAAAAAGAACAUGAAAGUGAUACAGAUUCUAGUAAAGUAGUAGAUUCUGCGAGUGUUAAGAAUGUUAAACCAAACAAUUAUGGUGAGUUGACAGGUAAUAACAAAAAUAAUGCAGAACAAUUAUUAGAAAACAAAAGUAAUAAUUCAAGUAAUGACAUUACUGAUUUGAAUAUUGACAAUGAGUCCAAAGACAUACCGAGUGAUAACGUUGACUCACAAAGCGAUGCCAAAAAGGAGUCAAAAUUGCAAGAAAAUAAUGAUGAAAUACUUGAAGAUAAAAAACUUGCUUUGAAUCUUUUGCAAACUUUGAAUAAAAUUGUCAGCAAAAAUGAUGGGGAUUCAGCAGUUGAUAUUUUGAAGAGUUUGAGUACGGUUUUGAACAUGGCAUCUGAAUCAAAAAACAAAGAAAAACCAGUACCUGUAAUGAAAGAAAAUCGGAGAAGCAAUGCUUCUAAGCUCAUAAAUAGGUCUACUAGUUCCUUGAAUAAAUCUUCAAGUAAAAAAAAUUUCGUUGUGAAGAAAACACCGAAUUCCACUUUUGAAGUAGCUUCUAUUAGACGAAGUAUUUCGGUAAAUCCACUAUACAGUAAAAAUAGCCCCAAAUUACUAGAUGUACCAUGUAAAGAUACGAGAAAGUCUCAUCUUUUGAAUUUAAAAAAGCGUUUCCCAAGCGACCCAGGUUUUGUAGAUGAUACGAGUAAGCGAGAAAUUGAAACACCCAUAUCUAAAUCCAUCUAUGGAGCAAAUAAACCGACAAUCGAACCAAUCAAAACCAAAAUCAAAAAAAAGCCAAUCACCGAAGUGGUGAAUAAGAAAGGACCAAUGAAAGCAAUAAUGCCGUUGGUUAGCAUGCAGAAGCAAGGUGUUAAACGAAUAACUAACGAAAAUGGAUUGUCGACACCUCCUUCAAAAACUCAAGAAUCCGUCCAUUCUGUAAAAAUCAUAAGUAGUACACCGAAUUCACGCACAAACUCAAAGUUGAAGCCCGCGGCCUCCUCGACGCCAAAUACGAAUGGAUUGAAGUCCCAGCGAGUGACAACUGCAUCUCAGAACACCUCAAAGAGCACGAUAACAUGCAAUUUAUCACCAGUCUCUCUCAACUCCAGCAAAAAAAGUGAGCGUACGAAAUCGCCACUCAAGAAGCCGUCUACACCUCGCAAAAGCGAAAACGCGGAAUCAAGUCGGUUGCCGAGGUAUUCACCACAACCAGUGCGGGUCUGCGCAAAUUCAUUCAGUGAAUUGAAAAAUUCCAAAACUCCACAGCCGAGUAGUAGCAGUCUUAAAGUGGUUUCAGAGAAGGUUCAGCGCCAAUCGUCAGUACUUAGUCCUCUCCGGAACAGCAACAAACUGGCUACCAAAACUAAAUCUGUGAGUCUGAUGCCAAGACUGAGUAAAUCGAUUGUCCCCAAGUCAGGCCCGGAGAAGGAAAACUAUACGUAACUUGGCGCGCGCAGCGUACGCAUCUCGCAGUAUGGAUCAAGUCUAGUGAUUUUCGACGUUUAAUUAUGUUCUUCGAUAAAGAUUGUUUUUUUAACAUUUUUUGAUAUUGAUUGUUCCUCGAAUAAAAUUACAUUUUUGCA